AAUUACUGUUUUUGGUGGUAUAUAUGAGAAAUUGAGUAAAAUACACAUUAUUAGGUUUAAAUGGGUUGGGUUUACAUAUAACAAAAUCGAAUCUCCACCCGUGAGAAAUUUGGAGUACAAUCCUUUUGCAUGCAGCUUGAACUAUAUAUUCGUAAUAGGUGUUUUAAGCAUGUUCAAACGCCACAAUAGUUUGGGUUUCAUGGUGGAUUGAUUAAUUAAUUAAUUUUUGUUUUAAAGGUAUUUAUAAGCUUAAUUAAAAAAACAACUAAUUAUGAUGAAGAAGAUAAUUUUAAAUAUUUGGUGCAGUGAGAAACGGGCUUUAAUGGAAUCUCAUGAGAGGCCCAGUUUUGAUGCCCAACACCGCAAGCCUCUUUCGGAAAUCCUUGCUUUCUAGGAAUUGACUGAUUUUGAAUUUCUGGAAACUGCGAAAUCAAUCCGCUGAAUCGAUUUUUAAUUUGCAAGGAAUGGGAGAGAGGGGGAAUACGCGGCGGUUACCGGCGUGGAUGCACGGCGGAGCGAAGGAGGAGAACUGCCGGAACCGCACGGAUGAGGAGGAGAACCUCAAGGAGGAGAAGCGGCCGAGAAAAAGAGAGAAAGCGGAAGCCAGAAAAGAUUCCAAGCGUAGAAACAAAGGCGGAGGAGGAGGAGGAGAAGAAGAGGAUCUGACUGUCGACGAUCUUCUCUUCUUCGCCAAUGAGUACGUAAGAGAGGAAGAUGAGCAGAGGAGAAGACGGGAGAACUCAGAGACGACAGCAAUGGAGGCAGCAGAGGAGGGCGUCGCAGGAGAUGAGGCUAAAGACAUGCUCCAUCUUCUGCUUGGCCCCCUCCUUAAAAAACCCUAAUUCCGAAAUCACUUGUGUUUCUUUUUUGGACGGAUUCAUUGGGAAAACGGAAGAAAGUGUACGAGCAACUGAAUUCAAAAGCCGAAGGAGAGAAAAGCGGCAGAUGAAAGCAUAGAGAGCUCGUUCCUUGUUUUGAUUUCGGCAACUAAAAGGACCGAUUGCACCACUCUCUUCCUCAGGCGCAUCGGUGACGUUUUUGCCUUUUUUUCACCAUUACACACACGCACACACAAACAAAACAAACAGAGAGAUUGAGAGAGAUAUCCAUGGCUUUACCAUAUGCGUCUGCGUGUAUAUGUAUAUAUACAAUGUCGAAUCCAAGGGGAAGCUGAGAAACCCUAAUUGGUAAUGUGGGGUUGG